UCGGCACGCCCGGCACGGGCGAUUCGCUGACCCGGGUGAGGAGGCGGGGGACGAGCGGCAGCACCGGGCGGUCGCGGCGGGCAGGGAGCGGGCCGGAGGCGGCAGCGGGGCUCCCGGCCCGGCAAGGACAGCCCAAGGGCGAAGAGGAGCCGGCGCGGCCAUGGCUUCCUCCAAACCCUUGUCUCGAUUCUGGGAGUGGGGCAGGAACAUCGUGUGUGUGGGGCGGAACUACGCGGAGCACGCCAAGGAGAUGGGCAGCGCGCUGCCCCGCGAGCCCCUCUUCUUCCUCAAGCCCUCCACGGCCUAUGUGCGCGAAGGGUCGCCCAUCCUGCGGCCGUACUAUUGCAGCAACCUGCACCAUGAAGUGGAGCUGGGGGUGGUGAUCGGGAAGAGAGCCCAGGCCGUGCCCCAGGAGGCUGCCAUGGAACACGUGGCUGGCUAUGCCCUCUGCUUGGACAUGACAGCCAGGGACACGCAGGAGGAGUGCAAAAAGAAGGGUCUGCCCUGGACCUUGGCCAAGGGCUUCAGUUCAUCGUGCCCAGUGAGCGACUUUGUGCCCAAGGAGAAGAUCCCAGACCCUCACAAGCUGAAGAUCUGGCUCAAGGUGAAUGGGCAGCUAAGGCAGGAAGGGGAUACCUCCUCCAUGAUCUUCUCCAUCCCUUACCUGAUCAGCUACAUCAGUGAAAUAGUCACCCUGGAAGAAGGAGACUUGAUUCUGACAGGAUCUCCCAAAGGUGUUGGGUCUGUGCAGGCCAACGACGAGAUAGAGGCUGGGAUAAAAGAUGUCCUGUCCAUGCGGUUUAAGGUGGCACAGCAGACACGCAGGUCCUAACCGGGAGCAUGGCUGAGACCCCAUCUGCAUAGGAAGAGGCUCUUUCGGGAACAUCUGUUUAAUGAGGAGGUGCACAAC